AUGGAGAGCUUACAUAAUGACCCGGUUUUAAAAUUCCAUCCCGAUACAUUAAAAGUUGUCAGACAGGAAUUUAAUUUGGACAAAUCUGGAGAGAUGGAUAGGGCGAUAGAUAUCCUGGAGCUGUGGCUGAAGAAACAGGAUCACUUUACUAAAAAGGAUUUCCAUCGCGACUAUCUGGAAAGGGCUAUAAUAAAAGCAAAAGGCUCUGUAGAACGAACCAAGGAACGCCUCGACAAACUGUUCACGGCUAGAGUCUUGUUGCACGACUUGUUUGUCGUUCGGGACAUUAGUAAGUUCAAAGAGUUGGAUGAAAACGUAACUGACGGUAUUUUGCCUAAACUUACAAGUGAUCAUUGCAGAGUGUACAUAUUACAAAACUACGCCCAAACCUUCAGCGCAGAGCUAUUUAACCAAUUUUAUACACGAGCGUUUUACUAUAUGGAAUACUUCUCCCGUUACGAUUAUGCCAAAGCGGGUAUUGCUAUUUUCGAUUACAGAAAUUUGAAUGUUUUCGAAUUUUUAAAACAUUUGGACUUGAUUCAAGUGGGACACCUUAUUAAUGUGGCACUUAAUGGUUACGGUAUCAGAGUGAAAGAGAUACAUAUAAUAUCAUCAUCUAAAUUUAUAACACUGCUAGUUACAACUUUCAAGCAAAUGUUAUCUGAGAAACUUGGCAAACGUAUACAUGUGCACUCUGACACAGACACACUUCAUCAAUACGUGGAUAAAGACGUUUUACCUGAAGACUGUGGAGGCACAGAGAAAUCUAUGAAGGAGAUUCACAAUGAAUGGGUGGAAGUGUUAAGUGCAGACAGCUUCAUGGAAUACCUUAAGGAAACGUACGAAGCCAAAAUCGACGAAAAUCUUCGACCAGUGACCAAACUUAACGACGAAUACUUAGGUAUAGCUGGCACUUUCCGCACUUUGAAUGUAGAUUGA